AUCGGACAGCUAUAUUUGUGGGUCCUUCCGCGCCGAGGUCAGAAGUGUGUCUCCUCCAUAUCGUCCUCCGCCCUGUGUACCCGGUGUUAGCUGCUGCUGUUCCUGCCGUUGACAGCGAAAUCGACUUAAAGUUUAACACCCUGCACAAUGGCUGUUCCUCCAGCAUACACAGACCUGGGAAAGUCAGCAAAUGACAUUUUCAACAAGGGAUAUGGUUUUGGCUUGGUUAAGCUGGAUGUGAAGACCAAAUCUGCCAGUGGGGUGGAGUUCAAGACAUCCGGUUCCUCCAAUGUUGACACCAGCAAGGUGACAGGAGCUCUGGAGACCAAGUACAAGUGGUCUGAGUAUGGACUGACGUUCACAGAGAAGUGGACCACAGAGAACACACUGGGGACGGAGAUCUGUGUGGAGGAUCAGAUCACCAAAGGCCUGAAACUCACAUUUGACACCACAUUCUCCCCAAACACUGGCAAGAAGAGUGGCAAAGUGAAGACGGCCUACAAGAGAGAGUACCUGAAUGCUGGUGUGGAUGUAGAUUUGGAUUUCGCUGGUCCCACAAUCCAUGCAGCAGCUGUGGCAGGCUAUGAAGGAUGGCUUGCUGGAUACCAGAUGACCUUUGACACGGCCAAGUCGAAGAUGACCAAGAGCAACUUUGCAGUUGGUUACAAGACAGGAGACUUCCAGCUCCACACCAGCGUCAAUGACGGUUCUGAAUUUGGCGGCUCCAUUUACCAGAAGGUGAAUGACAAAUUGGAGACUGCUGUCAAUCUCGCCUGGACUGCAGGCAGCAACGGAACUCGCUUUGGCAUUGCUGCCAAGUACCAGCUGGACCCCAGUGCCUCCAUAUCUGCUAAAGUGAACAACGCGAGCUUAGCAGGAAUUGGAUACUCCCAGACUCUGCGGCCUGGGGUGAAGCUCAUCCUGUCGGCCCUGGUGGAUGGAAAGAACAUCAACGCUGGAGGCCACAAACUCGGACUGGGGCUGGAGCUGGAGGCUUGAUGAUCUCCUCAUUUCCUGGGAGGGAGCUGAAACUAGAAUUUCCUGUCUGAAUAAGCCAAAAAUAAAAUCCCCACUUCUGAGCACUGCUAAGUUUGACACCUCCUUUCACUGCAGCUGUGACCUGGCUUCAUGUUGAACCAGUGUUGAGUAUAUCAGUGUGACAAUCCGUAAGAGAAGCCAGUUGAUCUUCUGUCCCAAGUAUUGGUUUGCUCCCUAGUGUUUUCUUUCAGCAUCUUCCCAAGUUUUCAUUUGCACAUCUUUUCUUGAGUAGAGUGAAACUCGUUGCUAGAAUGGCUUUACUCUGCUUUGGUGGACUCGACACUCCUCUUUUAAACACUUGCCCCAAGUGUGUUGGAAGGAUUUACUUUUGGCCCACUAGUGGAAACACAUCUGAGUGAUCUGCACCUUGAUCCCAACCACUGUGACACAGUGUGCGGUGUGUCUACCUUUGCAAUAAAGCGUUGAAAUCUGU